AUGGCGCCCCAGCGGGACUAUUACGCUGACUUGGGCCUGACCCCAUCGGCAGAUGUCGUGGAAAUCAAGAAGCAGUUUCGAAAGCUAGCUCUGAAAUACCAUCCCGAUCGAAAUCCUGGCCGAGAACAAGAAGUCAACUCGCAGUUUCAGAUUAUCCAGGCUGCCCACGAGAUAUUGAGCGACCCCGAGGCUAAAGCCAAGUACGAUGCUACUCUUCUACGGUCCGCUUCCAGCCGCUAUCCGGGCGCCUCGGGUGUGAGAGGAAAUCCGUGGUCGAACGUUAGCCAGCAGUUCCCUGUACCACCGCGACGGAACGCACCGCGAACUACCACUUCAGGGCCCCAAAGGUGGAAUGAGAGGUUCUCAGCUGGUGUGCCACCGACUGCGAAGCAACAAGCAUCAGCGGCAACGGCUGCUCGAGCUUUCGAAAGCAUGCGGAAAGGCGGUGCUAAGAGCCGCCCGCAAGAACGAGCUCCUCCCCCUCCACCGCCGCCUCGCAACCCUCCAACGCCUCCUCCCCGAACUGAGGCUGCCAAGAAGAGAGCCGAAGCAUCAUUCGGGGCUAAGAAGGCCGGCUACUAUCCUCGAUCAAACACUCCUGGCGACGAGCCCCCAGUCAUCAACAACAACUAUUCCACUCGCGCCAGCUCUGCGCGGACAGCGCCUGCGCCCAAACCCGACCCUGUGGCCGAUCCCUUGGCUCAGUUCAGACAAUGGAGCGGCAAUGAAGAGGCCGCCAGAAACUCCGCCAAGAGCUCCCCGAACAUCAAUACUGCGAGCGAGAAGACCAAUCCUUUUGACAGUAUGCCGUCGAGUCGGGCAAAAGGCACCAGAGAGGCUUCAGAGUCAGCGGGACCAUCAACAGCUCCCAAGCGUCCCAGCCCUGAUAUGGACCCGGAGUUGAAGCAAGACCUCGAGCUGUACCUGUUCCCCCCAGCUCGCGGCCUGCUGCAUCAUUCAAACCCCAGACAGAGGCGGCGACGUCCACUACUGCCGCACCAAAUGGCAACAUGUUUACCACUAAUCAGUCACCCAAUCCUCCCACAACCAACGAACCGACUACACCCAAGGAGACAGGAGAGCCCUCAAUUCGGCCCCGAAUACAGACCAUGCGGCCCAAGUGGAAAUCGCCAUGCAGUUCACAAUCUCUCCCCCUUUGAACAGGAGCAGUACAAAAUCUUGAAGUUGCUCAUCAAGAACCGAGAUGCCCCUGUUUUGACGCCAAGAAAUGAAUCACUUCACAGCACCCCUAACCUUGAGAAACCUGCUGUAGAGAAAUCGAGCGCUAACAGUGUCUUGCCGAAUAGCUUCAGCUUUAACUUGGACGAAGAGACCUUUACCCCCAGCCCUCCAAGGACAUCCCGAUUCAGAAAGAGUACUAGUGCCGACGGGAUCAACACGAACUUCGUCGCGGACGAGUCUUCUGCAACCUGGCAGUUCAGUGCUGGGAGUGGGGAUAACAACCCUCCUCCUCCUCUGAACCGUUCUCAGUCAGACAGCAGAGCAGGUCGCCGCUCGCCUAUCAAACGCCGACCGGUUCCCAGCCCAAAGGUUCCCGACCCUGGAGCUCAAGUGCCUCAGAAUGGAUUUGACGCGGAAAGCUGGAACUCCAUGUUUGGCCCCCAAACGUUUGCCCCUCCGCCCGCCACUCCCAAAGCAUCAGUGUCGCCCACACGGCAGGGUCGGUCGACCACGCGAAAGACAACGAGAACUACGAGGCCCUUGGCCGGCAAUGCUGCCAUUGUUGAGGAAUAUAGCGAAGAAGAAGAACACUAUGUCUGGACUGGCCGCAAAAAGGAUCCAAAGUCUGCACCGGUUGACAGCCCCCAAGCAAUGGAUAUUGAUCCACCAUUGACUGCCUCUCCGGCUGCGGCUCAUACUCCUACUCCGCCUCCUCCCGGAGCAGCUGCCACCGCGGCGACUCCCGCCACGACCUUUUCUGCGACUCCUCCUGCUACCCAGCCCCAAUCCCAGUCUCAAUCUCAUCCCACGGCUGCUAGAAAUAUUCCCGUCGAACCAUCACGGCCGGAAUGGCGACCUGGAAACGUGACGGGACUGGGCCACGUGUAUGAGCAGGCCGAAGAAAGGAAGCCGAUGCCUGUCAACUUCCAAGGUUCUGAAGAUAGCGAAGAGUUCCGAGCGACCUUUGAAGACCUCAAGAAUGUGGCACCUUUUGCCCCGCCCAAGGCCGGCCUCAAGUCGUUUACUGAUUUGAAGGAUAGCCUGCCCUUUGAGAGCAAGGCGUCAAGCGAACUUCACCUCGAUAUUCCUGAGGCACAUCCACUGGUAUUUCCUGAGCCCCCGGCUGCACCCAGACUCCCGCCCACUGUUGCAGUGGACGGCGUGAAGCCAAACGUUGCAUCAUGGACCAAAUAUCUCGAAGAGUUCGAGGGAUACCUCCGCCUCUGGGACAUGUUCAACUCGCAGGUGGUCGACCACUUCGCCACCCGAAAGUCUAACAUUUUGCACACGAGAGCCUCAAAGGGCUAUUCAUUUCUGGCUGCCAGGGGUGAUGCCGAUGUUGUGGAGUAUCAUAAUUGGGUAGAGCAGGACAACGGAGUCCGCCGAAGGUGGUUGGCAGCUUGCGAAGAGCACGAGAUGCGGUUCAGAGAGUUUAUGGCGUUCAGGGAAAAGAUGAAGUCGACGACAUGA